CCGGAAUACAGGGUCUCGGUCUAGGCCCCCAGAACUCUGCAACCCCACAAUCCGGGGAUGGGGAACUCGUUUGGCUGGGAUCAGCUUCUCCGAGCUCUACCCCGCGAAGGCAGCUCGGCCGACAGGGAGAGCUUGAGCUUGAGCAUGGUGAAGGUACAAAUAUUAUGAGGGCCCAAUUGCUUGGAGUCCAGCUACGCCUCGAUACGCUCACGCUCGAUCCUCCAUCUUCUCUAUCGCGAGCUCUUCAAUUGCUUCCCCAGUGCUUCAAUCCUUUCUGCUUCCUUGUCUUACACCUGCGCAAUGCCUUCUGCAAACGGGACCUCUACUCUCGCCUUCAUUGGCGCCAUUGACCAGGGCACCACCAGCUCGCGGUUUUUGAUUUUCAACACCAGCGGAGAGGUUGUCGUCACACAUCAGCUUGAGUUUAAGCAAAUCUACCCGCACCCUGGAUGGCACGAGCAUGAUCCCGAGGAGAUCGUGUCCUCGGUCGAGACGUGCAUCGAUGGCGCGGUGACGGAAUUCGAGACCCAAGGCCACUCCCGCAGCCAGAUCAAGGCCGUGGGCAUCACAAACCAGCGAGAGACGACCGUCGUCUGGGACAGGACCACGGGAAAAGCCUUGCACAAUGCCAUUGUAUGGACAGAUACUCGAUCUCAGGAUCUUGUGCGUCGAAUGAAGCGCCGUCUUGGUGCCGGCGAGCUCACCUCCCGCUGCGGCCUCCCCCUCUCCACAUACCCCUCGGCCAGCAAGCUCCUGUGGAUGUUGGAGAACGUGCCAGAGGUCAAAGACGCCUAUGAGCGUGGUGUUUUGGCGUUUGGCACCAUCGACACUUGGUUGACGUACAAGCUCAACGGCGGCCCGGCGCGCGAUGUGUACGUCUCGGAUCCCACCAACGCAUCGCGAACCAUGUUCAUGAACCUGGAGACGCUCGACUACGACGAGGACCUCAUUGACUGGUUCCGCCUCGACCGAAGCAAGGUCUUCCUGCCCAAGAUCGUGCGGUCUUCCGACACCAAGGCAUAUGGAUCCCUGGCCAGCACCCUGCUAGAGGGCACCAAGAUUACCGGCUGCUUGGGCGACCAGUCGGCGGCUCUGGUGGGCCAAAUGGGCUUCACUCCCGGCCGAGCAAAGAACACUUACGGAACCGGAUGCUUCCUGUUGUACAACGUGGGGAAGAAGCCCGUAGCAUCGACCCACGGGCUGCUAACAACCGUUGCAUUCGACUUUGGCGAGGACAAGAUCAUGUACGCCCUGGAAGGUAGUAUUGCCGUUGCAGGCUCCAGCGUCAAGUUCCUCGUCGAUAACCUCCGCUUCGUCGAGUCCUCUUCUAAGAUCAGCGCCCUCGCCGAAACUGUCGAGGAUAAUGGUGGGUGCACCUUCGUCACCGCCUUCAGCGGCCUCUACGCGCCCUACUGGAUUGACAACGCUCGAGGAACCAUCUUUGGCAUCACGGCCUACACGCAGCGCGGCCACAUUGCGCGGGCGACUCUCGAGGCCACGUGCUUCCAGACCAAGGCCAUCCUGUCCUCGAUGGAAAAGGACAGCGGCCACGCGCUGACCGAGCUGGCCGUCGACGGCGGCAUGUGCAACUCGGAUCUGAUUAUGCAGACGCAGUCGGAUCUCAUCGGAAUCCCUGUCCUCCGCCCGGCAAUGCGCGAAACAACAGCCCUUGGCGCUGCCAUCGCUGCCGGAUUUGCUGUAGGGAUCUGGAACGACUUUGACGAGCUGGCGCAUGUGAAUACGGAGGGCCGGACCGUCUUCAAGCCCUCCAUCACCAACGACGAGGCGGCCGAGCGCUUUGCGCAAUGGGACAAGGCCGUCCAGAUGAGCCAGGGCUGGUUGAGCUGAGAGAGCUGAGAUUGAGCUGUGGCGCCCGCUGAGGCAUUUAUUUAGUGCUCUCGUGUAUUCAAUAUCGCGCGUCGUCUGACUGUUGAUUUCUUCUGGGUGGAGUUUUCUGUCAACUUGGGUAGUCAAUUCCUCAUUGUAGUCUGUACUCUGUACCAGGCCGAAAUAACUAUGGCUCUGCUUCCCCGUAUUGCUCCCAUAUUGCUCCCGUAACAUCCGCCACGGCUCCGAGGCGCAUCUUUUCUCUCUUAAUCUCUUGAGCGAGCGUCCCGAGGCACCGGCGAUUUGCAGCUUCUAGCUUGCCGCUUGCAGGGUACCGUCGGGUCCGUCUCAUUACGUAUAUCCGCCGCAUCCACGCCAUUGCUGACGGAGCCGGCCGCACCCAUGCUAGCUGGUUCCUUGUUGGUUGUUGGUUGGCUGUAGAUGAAGCAUACGG